AUGAACUUGCUUUCUCGCCCAGCUACCUUCAGCAGUCUGGUUGUUUUGGCAAAAGUGCCAGCGAGGGCAGGCGCUAAGAUCACCGUGCGUCUCCAGAUGCUGAGUGGCGUUGCUUCGGGAGGCUUGGUACUUGCAUCCUCUUUCACGGCGGGCGGCUACGUGUACCCGGGCAGCGAUCUCUUUAUGUGCACGGGAGUCCGUGUCCAGCCACAGUCUGCACUUCUGCCUCGUGGGUGGCGCCGGGCUGCUUUGGCCGCCCCGUCUGGAUGCAGUGCUGACCUUGAGCCUGCCAUUCCGGUCGCCUGGAGUGAAUCGGCGGACGUGACCGGGGACCUUUAUUAUUGGUCGCUCACACCAGGGAAGAACGUCCGCCGGGACAUGACUUCUACUAUGUUCGAAGAUGCAACCGGCAACCAUCAACUCAGACUGUUUCUCGUUACAGCAGCCUCCGGUAGUGCCAACGUUGUUUGGCUCGUUGCCGACGAGGAGCCAAACGUAAGGCUCACUUCAUGCCCCAUUGCGCUGGGCAGCGCUAUGUCAGUGUCGUACAUCUCCGGGGAGUUCGUCAGCUCUGACCUUGCUGUCAUCCGACAGGUGCCCAAACGAGACAAUGAGGCCCGCAAGAGUGCUCAAGUUGGGUUCGGUGAAGAGUGCCAUUUCGAGACUGCGUUCAAUGAUCUAGAUGAACUCUUGAGGAGGACCCGCAAGGCUGCUAUCAACGUGCUCCCUGGCUCUGUUGUCCUUAUAACCAUCCUGUUGGUCAACGUGAUGGCUGCAUGGUCUAGAGUGCCUGUCGACCAAGUCAGCAACUUCGGAUUGGCCACAGUUACGCUGAUCGUUGGCAUUCUGAUUGCAGCCUUGGGGUUAAAGGUCACUUUUUACCAUGGAGCCUUCCUGGCAGUUUCGGUCAUUUUGGGCUCAGUUUACGCCAGGUUGUUUGCCAGGUAUCGACCCUCUUCUACAGCAGUCAGGGCACUCGUACGGACUCGGUUCGAUUGGCAGCUCUAUGCCGUGAUUUUCAGAGCGGCUCGCAAGUUGGGGCCCAUUGGCCUUAUGUCAAACGUCCCUGUCUUCCUCUCCAUCUUCUUGACAUUGGCCAUUCAUGUCAUUGGCAUCUACACUUUCUGUGCGACCCUUCUUCCUGACUCCUUCUGGCGCAAAUUUCGCAGUGGUGAAAUUGACUUUUCAGUCUUUGGUCCGCUCCAUGGUGGCUCCAGGAAGCUGCUAAGGGAGGCAAUGACCCCGGGAGAGGGUGGCUCAGAGGCCAGGAUCAGCCGCAUCUUGCUGACUCUGAUGCUCCUUCUCUUUCCUGUCACGCUGGUGGUGGCAGCCCUUACUAUCGGGUUUCAGCGUUUCGGGGGGGUUGAAUAUGGAGAGAGCGUCUCAGUUGUUGUGCCCAAGAGCCAAGCCGAGUCCAUCUGCAAGCUCAACCCAUCAGGAGCUUUUGAGUGGGGGUCAAUUCGUGGAACGGGAGCCCCAAAGCAGGAGGCGUUGAUUGAAAGGUUGAACAAGACGUUCCCAAAGUCCCUCGCCAAAGGAGAAAGUAUCAAGAGCUACAUGCGCAGCCUCAAGCAAGCGGUCCGCAUCGAAGAGCUUGAAGCCCAAGCUUGGGUCGAGGUGGCGCCGGAGGUGACUGACCGCACUAUGCUGAAGAGGGGGUGGGGCGCUACAGUCGGGAUGCUGGUUUUGCGGUCCUGCGGCGUCGCUAUGGCUCAGGCAGUUGAGCUUACAGAGGGGCGUCUUUGGGCCACCCCUCUCCAUGUCUUCACCAAGGGUUUGAAGGACCUGAUAGAUGGCGAGACUAUCUACGUUCGACUGGGAUCCCGACGUGGAGAAACAGGCAAGAAGAAGGCACUUUGGCUCCGGCUGACUGCAAAGCCUUCCCAGCCGUUUCAGAUGGCUGCAGCUGUUGGCUGCACUCACAGAGACAGCCUUGUCCUCUUUGGUGUCAGUGCAGAGGAGCACAUGAAGUGGGCGCCAAGCGGGUCGAACUACCGCACGGUAUCCUAUCAGAUCGGUGAUGGAUCAAACGAGGGAGCUUCCGGGACGGCCAUCGCGCUGAGUUCCACUGACGGCUCCUUCGGUUUCGGCGUCCAUCGGGAGCUUUCGACGAGUCGGCUGGACCGAGCUGCCAACCUUGACUCUGGCAAGCGUGACCAGAUGCAGGCGGUGCUGGUGGCUAUGUGUGAUGAGGACUCCGAGGGCACUGGAGUAGGGGACCUGACUUGGCAAAUGGAGUGGUGGCGGAACUUCUUUGGCCUGGACAUGCAGACUGGGAUGCCGGGUUCGAGCAACGACCCCCCCCCUCCGCUGACAGACGCUGAUUUGGCCCAGCUGCAGGCUGAUCAAGACGAAGCUCGGCGUGAACAAGACCGUGAACGCAGGGUCAGAGAGGCGGAGCAGAUGGCACAAAAACAGUAUGAGGAGGCGUACCACAAGUACCAAGAGGAGUUGGGGGAGGAUGAGUCUGUGCGGUUACGACGAUUGACGGCACAAGAGUACAAACAGUGGGAGGACUGGCAAUGGAAUAACAUCAUGGGUGAGCGUCCUCCCAAGCGCCAGCGGAAUGUGCUGGCUGUCACGGUCAGUGGCCGCGUCGACCGGGGCUCCGCGUGGUUGUCUCGUAGUCUGCGGGUUCCCGUCGGAGCGGGUGGUACGGCGAGCCUGCGCUUGGACAUGGAGCUGCUGACCGAGAUCUGUCCGGAUGAUGUGGACACGGUGGUGUUGGAGCAUGGGCCCGUCGGUGUGAACCCUGAUGAUGGCAAUGAUGGAUCAGCAGAUGCGGAAGUGUCUCGAGCUGAACGUGGACCUGAAGGGAUUGCAGCUACAGAUGUGCCUCCCGCUGGACGAGAGCCUGAUGCAGUCCAUUCCGCGCCUGUGGGGGAAGCGGGUCGGAGCGAGCUCAGGGCACCUCGGCAUGAUGUUCUCCCUGAUGAGCUUUCUACGUUGCCGUAUGAGGCCACGCAGCUGGAAGAUGGCUCGCUGAGUGGACUUGAGUUUGUUCAGUAUGAACAACUAUAUGCUGCGUGGAAGGAGGGUCGCCUGGAUGAUGCUGCUGUUCGCUCCGCGGGCGGUGAGGCACCACUCGACUUGAUGCAGGGGCAGAGGUUGCUGGACUUCGAGGAGGAGACUCAGGUGGCUGGAACGACCAGGGAUGCCGAGAAUGUCGAGCUGGGGCAGAUGGAGCAAACCGAGCACCACGACGAGUACUACGGUGACCCACAUGAACCUGCCGACCUGACAAGAGUGAACCCGCAGUCACCGUACAGUCGUAUGUUAGACAGGGCGUUUGACGGCAUCCGGACCUCAGAUGAGGAAUGA